AUGGAUACAUAUAAGAAGAAUGAUAAUGAAAAUGAUUACAAAUAUUAUGUAUUACAAAUAGGAAGAAAAUAUACAUACGUAGGCUUGUGUGGGCUUCACAAGCCAGUAUCCGUUUUUGUAACUCCAAACAUUUUUGUAUACAAUGAAAAGUUUCACAAUUUUGUUGAAGAUACCUACAAGGUUAAUGAAAUGAUGGAUUAUAUAAAUAGAAAAAGGGAAGAACAAUACAAAAAUGAGAAAUCGGAAAAAAUGUUGGAUGUAAGUAAGGAUCAAUCCAAAGAAGAUAUAAAAAUUGUAACGGAUAAUCAAACAGAUGAAUGUCUUGAUAAGUACCAAAGUAGCGAUAAUUUAGAUUAUAAUAAUGAAGAAUUUGUAUGUGAUACGAAUAAUAUAUAUGAAAAUAAUAAAUUUUGUGAUAAGGAAGAGAAACAUAAUAAGAUGAAGAUAUAUCAUUACGAAUAUAAAUAUAAUCAAGACUUAUAUUUAUGGAGAACAUAUUUUGAUGAAUAUAUAUUUCAUAUAUUUCAUAAUAUGCUUAUAAAAACAAAUAAUAAAUCAAAAAAAGUUAUACUUGUAUUAAAUAUGUUUAUACCUACUAUUAUAAAAUAUGCUCUCUGCAUAGCUCUCAUAGAAAAUCCUGAAUAUGCCUGUAUAUCAUAUAUUAACGAUUUAAUAUCUCCUUUAUAUUUAUGUAAUUAUAAAACGUGUGUGGUGCUGGACCUUGGUUAUAUUAAUUGCAGGAUUUUACCAAUAAUGGACGGCGUACCUUUAUAUCAUCAUUAUACUUAUGUAAAUAAUGGGGGGUUCUAUAUUAAUCAAGAAAUAAAGAAAUUAUUAAAGGAGCAAUAUAUGAGUAGAUAUAAAAAGAGGGAAAAUAUAAUAUCCAUCAAUGGUGAUAUGAAAUUAUGUCUUGGAAAUUAUGAUAAUAAUAAAAAUGGUGACAAUAAUAAAAAUGGUGACAAUAAUAAAAAUGGUGACAAUAAUAAAAAUGGUGACAAUAAUAAAAAUGGUGACAAUAAUAAAAAUGGUGACAAUAAUAAAAAUGGUGAUAAUAAUAAAAAUGAUGAUAAUAAUAAUAUGAACUAUUAUUUAAAUUUAUAUCCUCUAGAAGAAAUAAUUAACGUUAUUAAUAAUAUGACAGAUGAUGAUAUAGAAAUUAUAAAAAUAAAAUAUUGUUAUAUAAAAAAGGAUAGUGAAAAUAUACCAUGUAAUAAAUAUGUACUAUAUAAAUAUAAUAAUUAUGAUAUAAUUAUAGAUCCUUAUACUAGAUAUAAAGCUUGUGAAAUAUUAUUUGAAAAAGAAUAUGAUCAAAAUAUGUACUCCUUAUUUUCUAGUAUAGUACAAAAAAUUAAUAUAUUUGAAACAUACAUAUUUUCAAAUAUAUUAUUAGUAGGUGGUUGUAGUAAUAUUAAAGGUAUUCUAUCGAGGGUUGCUCAAAUAUUUUUUCAAGUAUUAAGAAAUGAAAAAAAAUUCCCACCAAAAUUUCAAGAUAAUGUACAUUUUCUUCUCUCUAAUAUUUCUCCUAACUUACGUCAGUUUGUAGGGGCAUCUAUAUGUUCGAGCAUGGAUAAUUUACCCGAUUAUACAUCUGAGGAGAUAUUGAACAAUGUAUUAUAUGACCACCUUAGCGAGGAUAUAUACAUGACAUUCAAGACAUAA